AUGGAAUUGGUCAGGUGCUUGGUCAUCGGUGCAAACAUUACUCUGCCUACAACAUUAAAUGUCAGUUGCCAGUUAGGUGAUCUGUGGGAUGUGGAUUACGAAAAUUGCGCUAACAAAUUGCUGAGUUCAGCUGCAGAACGCGAUGCAGAACGGUAUCUUGCGUACGAGGAAAUCGCGGAUGUUGCGGCCCACCGGGAAGCGGAAGAUGCACAGGUCGAGCAGGAUGAUGGCGACGAUGAUGGCAACGAUGACGGCGGCGAUGGCUGGGGGGCAGGGCGGAAAGGUGUGGAGGCAGAUUGA